AUGCGUAAGAUGGACGAGUCUCAGGCGACAUCACUAUUAGGUGCAAGUUGGCUUGAAUCCGGCAUGAAGAGUACUUUAGCGCAACGAGCAGCCAAAGGCAGUCUGAGGGUAUACAAGGAGUAUUGGCCUUCAGAUGGCGUAAGUGUGGAUAUUACAGGUACAUGUAGUAGAAAUAGAAGUAGCAAUGCUGAAGAGGUGAUUGACUUUUCCAGCAACGAUUACUUGGGAUUGGCCAGAGACUCUGCACAGCAAGCGCUCGUAGUAUCUCGCUAUCAGAGUCUCCUUAGUACAAAUGCUACACACACAGGUACAAGCACUAGUGCUAGUGCUACACUGGGAUCCACGGGAUCAAGGCUGCUUUCGGGGGAUUCUCACUAUGCUCGUCAGUUGGAACACAGACUGGCCAAAUGGCACAAUCGACCCUCUGCAUUGCUCUUCAAUUCAGGCUAUGAUGCAAAUUUGGCAGUCUUGUCGUGUCUCCCUCAAAUUGACAAAUUCCUGUUUGACGAGUUUGCACACAACAGUCUUCACAUGGGCAUGAGACUGUCCCUCUCUAGGAGAAGCAGAAAUCAUGAUACCACAAGUGCCAGUACAAGUGAUAAAUUGCAAGAACAAAAGGAAAGAUUUCGACACAACAACGUACAAGAUUUGAGGCAAAAACUGCUAAACACGUCCAAACUCAAGGUUCUCAUUGUGGUAGAGAGUGUCUACAGCAUGGAUGGGGAUGUGGCACCCCUUCGAGAAAUGCUAGAUCUAGCACACAAAUUCGGAGCUCUUGUACUGGUCGAUGAAGCUCAUGGCAUUGGUGUCUUUGGAGAUGAUCAAGGCAGCAACUCGCGAGGAACCGGUGUUCUCACACAACUUCAUCUCGAAAAUCAUCCCGCUUUGGCAUGUUCCGUCCAUACCUUUGGAAAAGCGGCAGGAUGUCACGGAGCAGUGGUUUGUGGAUCCAACACACUGCGACAAUAUCUUUGGAAUUAUGCCUGGCCUUUGGUAUAUUCCACGUCGUUGCCAUUGCAUUCCCUGGUCGCUAUUGAAUGCUCCUAUGAAUCCAUGACGAGUUCCAGGGGCAAGGCGUUACGGCUGUACACUCAAAAUUUAGUGUCCUUCUUUCGAACACUGGUCCAAGAAUACAUCAUUGAUCGACAACGACAGCAGUCAAACUCCUCAAACAACAACGACAACGAUAACAACCACCAACGGCUAUUAUAUUUGCUACCAUCCAUGUCGCCCAUUCAGGCACUUGUACUACCACAGAAUGGAAAUCAAGCCUGUACCCAGUUUUGUGAGCAUGUUUGGCAAAAAUCAAACCAAACAAUUCGCUUAUACCCCAUCAAAUCACCCACGGUCCCAGUAGGAAAGGAACGGAUACGGAUCAUUCUCCAUGGACACAACCGAAAAGCGCAGGUUCAAAGGCUCGUGGAAUGCAUGGCUCAAAGCCUGGUCGCCAUGAACCUCAUGCCACCCACUGCCAAAUUGUAA